UGACCGGCAACUCAACCCCUGAGAGGAGUCGCGCUGCCACCAUGAAAGUUCAUCUCGCAUCGCUCUCCCCUCUCCUUUUUUCUUCCUUUUGCCACUGGUUCGUUGUGGCUGCAGCUGAAAAACCGCUUGGAAAAGGUUUUGGAGAUCAUAUUCACUGGAGAACACUAGAAGAUGGGAAAAAAGAGGCUGCAGCCAGUGGAUUGUCUCUCAUGGUAAUAAUUCAUAAAUCCUGGUGUGGUGCUUGCAAAGCUUUAAAACCAAAGUUUACUGAAUCAAAGGAAAUCUCUGAGCUUGCCCAUAAUUUUGUAAUGGUUAACCUUGAGGAUGAAGAGGAACCUAAGGAUGAAGCUUUUAGCCCUGAUGGUGGUUACAUUCCUAGAAUUAUUUUCAUGGAUCCCAGUGGAAAGAUCCAUCCAGAGAUCAUAAAUGAGAAAGGAAACCCCAACUACAAGUAUUUUUAUACUAGUGCUGAUCAAGUGAUCCAAGGGAUGAAGGUAGCCCAAGAGAAGCUAACAGGGGAUGCUUUCAAGAAAAAACAUAUUGGAGAUGAAUUAUAAUACCCCAAAUAUCUAUUUUAUAUAGGCUCAGCAUUUAAAUUUAAAUGUGACCCUAAUUUUUUUCAUAUAAAAAUGUUGGUGCUCUGAAAAAAAAAUACUGUAGAUGGUAAACCAGAUGCUAUCUAAUUUUCAUACAGUGAAUUCAAUUAAAGUAAUAUGUCCUCCCUUGUUUACAUUGAAAUGGAUAUUUAUAAUAGAAAAAAAUGGCUAAAUACUUCAACAAAUAAAUGUUUCAAUCUUAA